AUGACCCACGAACCGCCAUCCCUCUCAAACCUCAUCUCCUCCUACCCUAUUCUCUCCAGCCUCACCGAAUAUGUCUCAACCCUAGAUCUCUUCCACCUCGCUCUCACAAAUCGCUCCAAUCACGCUUCCAUCCUCGGCUCCUCCGUCAUCUUCGACCGCCUCAAGCGCUCGUGUCUCUGCGACGGUCGCGGCCUAGCCCGACGCCAGAACUUCACUGGCUCACACCGCAUCCACUACUGGAAGCUCAAACUCAGGCAAGAGCCCAGAAUCGACUUUGACGAGCCCAUUGAGGUGCGGUUGUUCAACCUCAAAUGCGACGAGACCGGCGCACUGCCGUGCGUCAGGUGCGGCAUCAACAUUUGCGAAGAAUGCAGGGACUACCCGCGCUGGCCAAACCGCUCUAUCUACUCAUUUGGCCGGCCGCAUCUCAAUGAGCCUUGUCAGUCUUACAAUGUCAUGUGCUUGUGCCCGCCGUGCGACGAGAAGCAGGAGCAGGAAGUCAAGGGAAGGUAUUUGAAUGAGAGGUGUGACUGUAAUGUCUACACUCGUUGGAUCUGUCUGAAAUGUGCUAGAGAGUUUGACCGGGAGGCCGGUCGGUAUUACAACGAGCACACCGAGUUUGAGGGGGGCUGGGCGGAGGAUGAUUCAGACGAGCCCAUCACCAAACUAUUGCACGAUCAUCAGCAUGAUCGCGCUUUCUGGUGCAAGUGUGGCGCGACCGUCCCUGACGAGAUCGAUCCCAGGUGCAUGUGGUGUAAACGCCGUCACCGGCCCGAGGACCUCGGCUACCCCAACUGGGUGACUGAUGACGAUGGGAAGUACCCAGCUCCCUAUCCGAAGCUGGGAUACGACCGACCCGGCGAGGAUUCUCCUGCACCUUUGUGA